GCCGCCCCCCGGAGCGCGGGGGAGGCUGAGAGGGAGUGACCCCCCGGCCCCUCGCCCCGGGCUGGGACAGCUGAGGGGGGGCGCAACAUGGCGGAGGCCAAGGAGGAGGGGCCCGGCCCCCGCGGCAGGUUUGAAGAUAAAUCUGAUGCGGUAUUUGAUAUUACAGAAAAAUGUGGUGAAAUUAUGGAUGCAGAGAUGACUGAGGACGCUGACCACAACUUAACGCCCGCCCUCGAGAGCUUGUCUUACGGAGUACCGAAUCGAGCAGGACCUGAAAAUUCACUGCAGGGUGAUGAUCAUGAUUAUUUUCUGAACUCUGGGGAACUUGCAGGCAUACCUGUUAUUGGGAGUGACAAUGAAGAUGAUCAGGAUUUCACUGCAAAAGACAUUCUUUCUUCAGCAAUUCAUGAUGAAGAUCAUCUGGAAGAGGGCAAGAGAGUUCCAGAUCAUGAACUGGACAAUGAAAAAGAAAUUCAGGUUCAGAAUGCAAUCCAGAAGGAUCUCCCUUCCCCUUUUGAGCAGGGCCCUGUAUUUAAAUCACUUCAAAAAGAUUUUAGUAUAACACAAGAUAAUGACAAAGAGACUUUUUCAGCAAAGGACAAGAAUAGAGAAGGACAUUUUCAAGAAUGUGAAAAACAGUUGGAAAAAAUCCCAAAAGAUAUGGAUUCUAGAUUGAAAAGCAGUUUUCCUGAUGAAACAGUUCAUAAUCAAGUAGAAGAAACAUUACGGACGCAGUUAGUGCCACAAACUCCAGAAACUAACUUCAGGGAGUCUAGCUACCUAUUUUCUAGUAAGGAAUCUAUUGGACAAGAGCUGGGGAAUUCCUUUGCACCAAAUAUUAGAAUUAAGAAGGAGCCUUUGGAUGACGAAUAUGCUAAAGCUAUGGCCCCACAGCAGGGACUAUUAGACAAAAUUAAAGAUGAACCUGGUAAUUCUGAGGAGUACGGCCAACAGCCAAAAUCUCAGGAAGGGGAGCUGAAAAUCAGUGCUGUAUUUUCAGUCAGUGGCACUCCUCUUGUUCCACAGCUGUCAUCAGGUUUCCAGCCUGCUGUGGCAUCCUCUGGCAUGAGUAAAAUGCUACCCUCAGUUCCAAGCACAGCUGUUCGGGUUUCCUGUUCUGGCUGUAAAAAAUUCCUGCAGAAAGGGCAAACUGCCUACCAGAGGAAAGGCUCGACCCAGCUCUUCUGCUCCACACUGUGCCUCACUGGAUACACCGUUCCAGCUUCUCGCCCACCAGCUUCUACCAAGAAAACCUGCUCAAGCUGCUCAAAAGAAAUUCUAAAUCCAAAGGACGUAAUCACUGCCCAGUUUGACAACACAGACUCCAGUAAGGAUUUCUGCAGCCAGUCUUGUCUGUCCACAUACGAGCUGAGAAGAAAACCCAUUGUCACUAUCCACACCAACAGCAUUUCCAGCAAGUGCAGCAUGUGCCAGAAGAAUGCAGUGAUCAGGCACGAGGUGAAUUACCAGAACGUGGUGCACAAGCUCUGCAGCGACGCCUGUUUCUCCAAGUUCCGCUCGGCCAACAACCUGACCAUGAACUGCUGUGACUAUUGUGGAGGAUACUGCUACAUUGGCUCUGGCCAGUGUCACAUCCUGCAGAUAGAGGGACAGUCCAAAAAGUUCUGCAGUUCCGUGUGUCUGACAGCUUACAAGCAGAAGUCAGCUAAAAUCACAUCCUGCACACUGUGUAAAUCUCUGAGAUCUUCAGCUGAGAUGGUGGAGGGUGCGAAUAACUUGGGGAAGAUGGAACUGUUUUGUUCUGUUAACUGUUUGUCAGCAUACAGAGUAAAAAUGGUCACUUCUUCAGGUGUCCAAGUUCAGUGCAACAGCUGUAAAACCUCAGCAAACCCUCAGUAUCACUUGGCUAUGUCAGAUGGGAGCAUACGCAAUUUUUGCAGCUACAAUUGUGUAAUAGCUUUUCAGAACCUGUUCAACAAGCCUGCAGGACUGAACUCGGUGGUGCCCCUGUCUCAGGGCCAGGUCAUUGUGAGCAUCUCCUCGGGGACAGCUGUCUCAGCCACUGGCACCACCUCCACUGUGUCCCCCAGCUCCACGAGCACCCCAGCUGCUGCAGGGCUCCAGAGGUUGGCUGCCCAGUGCCAGCAGGUCACCUUCACCCGCUCUGUCGUGAAAAUCAAGUGUCAGCACUGUAACAGAUUGUUUGCCACCAAACCAGAAUUGUUUGAUUACAAGGGUAAAAUGUUCCAGUUCUGUGGGAAGACCUGCUGUGAUGAGUAUAAGAAGAAGGGCAAUAUGACGGCGUUGUGUGAAUACUGCAGGUUUGAGAAAAUUAUCAAGGAGACAGUGAGAUUCUCAGGCAUAGAUAGAACAUUCUGUAGUGAAGUUUGUAAACUGCUCUAUAAACACGACUUGUCUAAGCGCUGGGGAACCCACUGUAAAAUGUGCAGUUACUGUUUACAAACCUCCCCCAAACUGGUCCAGAAUCACUUUGGGGGCAAAACAGAGGAAUUUUGCUCAGAGGAGUGCAUGUCUAAAUUCACAGUUUUGUUUUACCAGAUGGCAAAGUGUGAUGGUUGUAAGAGACAAGGUAAACUCAGCGAGUCCAUAAAAUGGCAAGGGGAGAUGAAGCAUUUUUGCAAUCUGCUUUGUAUUCUGUUGUUCUGUAAACAGCAAGGUGCUUCUGACCCUCCACUCCCAAACAACACAGCAAACCUUUCCAUGGCACCAGCCUCCUCCUCAGGCCCUCCUUCUUUAAGAAAGGACUCAACCCCUGUCAUAGCAAACGUGGUGUCCCUUGCAAGCACCCCAGCUGCCCAGCCUACUGUUAACUCCAACAAUGUUUUACAGGGUGCAGUCCCUACUGUGACAGCAAAAACAAUAGGAGAUGCAAGUACCCAGACAGAUGCCCUAAAGCUCCCAUCAUCAAAACCACCCAGACUUCUGAAAAACAAAGCUUUAUUGUGUAAGCCAAUCACCCAGACUAAGGCCACCUCGUGCAAACCUCACACACAAAACAAAGAAUGCCAGACAGAAGCACCUGCUCAACCCCAGAUCAUUGUGGUGCCUGUUCCUGUACCAGUGUUUGUGCCAGUGCCCCUCCACCUCUACACCCAGUACACACCAGUUCCCCUGGGGAUGCCAGUACCUGUACCGGUUCCCAUGCUCAUCCCAACUACCCCGGAUAAUGAUGAUAAGAUCAUUGAAGAUAUUCAGGAAAAUAAGGAAAAGAUUUCCAUUAAUCCAUUUGAAGCUGAUCUCCUUCAGAUGGCGGAAAUGAUUGCGGAAGAUGCAGAGAGAGAAAAAACACACUCUCAUGGUGGAUCUCAAACGUCUGAGCACGAGCUGUUCCUGGACCCCAAGAUAUUUGAGAAAGACCAGGGCAGCACGUACAGCGGAGAUCUGGAAUCAGAAGCAGUGUCCACUCCACACAGCUGGGAGGAGGAGUUGAAUCACUAUGCCUUACGAUCCAAUACCCUGCCAGAGCCUGAGCCAGAACUCAAGCAGUUCUCCAAAGGUGAUGUGGAACAGGACCUGGAGGCAGAUUUCCCAUCAGACUCAUUUGACCCUCUCAGUAAAGGACCGGGUUUACAUUCACGUUCACGGGCAAGACGGAGACACAGGGAUGGCUUCCCACAGCCAAAAAGACGGGGACGGAAGAAGUCUGUAGUUGCUGUGGAGCCCCGGAAUCUGAUGCAGAGCUCCUACCCCGGCUGCUCUGUUUCUGGGAUGACCCUAAAGUACAUGUAUGGGGUGAAUGCCUGGAAAAACUGGGUCCAAUGGAAAAAUGCACAGGAGGAACAAGGGGACCUGAAGUUUUCAGUUCAUCCUGUGAAGCUCAAGGAGGACAUUCUCUCAUGCACAUUUGCUGAGCUGAGUUUUGGCUUAUGCCAAUUUAUUCAAGAGGUGCGGAGACCAAAUGGAGAAAAAUACGACCCUGACAGCAUCUUAUACUUGUGCCUUGGAAUUCAGCAGUACCUGUUUGAGAAUGGUAGAAUAGAUAACAUUUUCACCGAGCCCUAUUCCAGGUUUAUGAUUGAACUUACAAAACUUUUGAAAAUCUGGGAACCUACAAUCCUUCCAAAUGGUUAUAUGUUCUCAAGAAUUGAAGAGGAACACUUGUGGGAGUGUAAGCAGCUGGGUGCAUAUUCCCCCAUCGUUUUGUUGAACACCCUUCUGUUCUUCAACACCAAAUACUUCCAACUGAAGAAUGUCAGUGAGCACCUGAAACUGUCCUUUGCCCACGUUAUGAGGCGCACCCGAACUCUGAAGUAUAAUACUAAGAUGACAUAUUUACGUUUUUUCCCACCCUUUCAAAAACAAGAGGUAGAAUCAGAUAAAUUAUCAGUAGGCAAAAGGAAACGCAGUGAAGAUGAGGAGGUUUCAACAGCAGUGGAAAUGGCUGAAAACACAGAUAAUCCCCUCCGGUGUCCAGUCCGACUUUAUGAGUUUUACUUAUCAAAAUGUUCUGAAAGCGUGAAGCAGAGGAGCGAUGUGUUCUACCUGCAGCCCGAGCGCUCCUGCGUUCCCAACAGCCCCAUGUGGUAUUCCACAUUGCCAAUAGACCCAGGAACCUUGGACAUCAUGUUAACACGGAUUCUUAUGGUGAGGGAGGUACACGAAGAACUUGCCAAAGUCAAAUCAGAGGACUCCGAUAUUGAGUUAUCAGACUAACUGCAGUGGGGUAUUUUCCUUUGAAUACACAUCAGAAGCACCAAAAUGUGAAUAACGUCCAGCCUUUGGAAAAUGUGUAUCAAAUAAGCCAAGAUGAUGUCACCUACAGGCAGAUUUUUUACCACAGUGGAUGUACAAACUGGAACUGGAAGGAAGCAAGCUGUGUAAGCUGCAAAUCCCAACGUCCUGUGGCACCGAUCAAUCCUCAGAACAAAUCCAAGUGGAACUCACCUACUGGAUUGGUGCAUAAAUCCUUUCUCUGUUUAGGAUUUUUAAAAGUUGUGAGUUAUUUUUAAGGAAAAUGGUUGUGUAAAAUCUACCCUCACACUUUUGGGCAUGGAGAGCUAGAUUGUGGCUCAGGUGACUUCCCAGCCUGCUGGCUGGCAGCCCUUGCUGCCAAGGAACACGUGGAGAUCCUCGAGCUCUUCCGGAGGAUACGAGAGAGAGGGGUGAGGUUUAGACAAACAGACACCUUCCGUUAUAAAUACACCUACACGUACACUUUUAUAAUUUUGGUUUUUUUGUUGUUGUUUUUUGUUUCUUUUGGAAACUGGGAUCAAAUGUUAGGAAGGCAGGAGCCACUGGCCAUCCCAGUGGACAACUCUGGCUGCUGUUAACUGGUCACACGAGGCCGGACUCCAGCUCCGCGCUCGCGCCAACGCUCGCUCUGUUGGAAGAGGUGCUGUAGGUCAAACUUCUGAGUGACCUUUCUGGGAACGUCCAGGAGGGGAUGUCCUGGGCUCUUUGCAGAAUUCCUUCCCCAGCCCAGUAGCUCUGCAGUCUGUCCAUAUAACCCAGCAAAUACUGUGGUGCACGGAAAGUUUAUUUCCCUUAAGGCAGCUUUCCUUUCUCCUCUUUCCCUACUUCCUAUGGUUUUGAUUAUUUUGUAAAGUAAAUCUAGAGAGGGUUUUGUCAUUUCAAAGAGAAAUACACACACACACUCUUUCUCUUUCCACCUUUGCAACACGGGCAGUGUUGUAUAAAGGAUGCAGUAUUACUUCUGACAACAGAACUGUGGUAGAAAAUGACCAUGUGUGUUUUUAUCCUGCCCCACCCAAAGAGAUUUAGUCAUAGUGUUGGAAAUUGAAAGGGGUUUUUUUUUUUUAUGGCUUGGCUGUUACUGAGUCUUUUGGAAGAGAAAAGCUCCCAUGUGGUGUUUAAAGGACAGGAUAUUAUCAGAUACUGUCUGUAUCUCUGUUUUUCUCAAGCUCUAGCUGUGUGUUACUGAUGACCAGUGGUCACAAAUUUGUUGGAAACCCAAACCAUUUUUAAAGAGGAGAAUUGUAUGGUUUUUAAUCUAGCUCUGGUCAGUUAUCCAUCUUCUGUAACAGGGGUCUGAUAUUUGAGCUUGUCACUAAAAUUUCAAGAGAUGAAAAUCAACAGCCUUGAAUAUUUCAGGUUUUUUGUUUCGUUCUGUUUGGUUGGGUUUGUUUUUUUUUUUUUUUUUAAUUAUUUUUUUAGCAGUUACAAAAGUAAUUUAACAAAAAUAAAAUCAGAAAGUAGUCUAUUGACGUUGUGUACUCGGUAGUCCUGUCCCUGCCUGUAACAGAUUUCACUGAUGUAUUUUUUAAUACAGAAAACUAUGUGAAAAGUAAAACCUGCCCCUGAUUCUGUC